GGGGGGUCCUGCGUGUGGGGCGGCUCCGGGGCCGGGGAUGGCGGCGCCCGCGGCUGCGGCGGCUCCGGGACGAGCGGAAGGAGCCCUGGAAGCGCUGUGAAAUGGGCCGGUUCCCAAGCCAGCCGGGAGGACUCUUACUACAGCUGCUCAGAAGCACCACUGGAAGCUCAGAUGUGGGCACCCCAGCCAGCAGCAGAGAGGGGUGCAGGGAAGCCACAGAGAAGCCCCUUCUGAUGCCCCAAGGAGCAAGUCGACCCCUUCCAGGCUCCAGGAACACCACAAAGCAAUAUGAAACCUGUUCAUGAGAGGAGUCAGGAAUGCCUUCCACCAAAGAAACGAGACCUCCCUGUGACCAGCGAGGAUAUGGGGAGAACUACCAGCUGCUCCACUAACCACACACCCUCCAAUGAUGGCUCUGAAUGGUCCCGAGGGGUUUUGGUGGCCGGGCAGAGCCAGGGAGGAACCAGAGUCAGCUUGGGGGGUGAUGGAGCUGAGGCCAUCACCGGUCUGACGGUGGACCAGUAUGGCAUGCUGUAUAAGGUGGCUGUGCCACCCGCCACCUUCUCACCAACUGGCCUCCCAUCUGUGGUGAACAUGAGCCCCUUGGCCCCCACGUUUAAUGUAGCGUCUUCACUGAUUCAACAUCCAGGAAUCCACUAUCCCCCAAUCCACUAUACUCAGCUCCCGUCCACCUCGCUGCAGUUUAUCGGGUCUCCUUACAGCCUUCCCUAUGCUGUGCCACCUAAUUUCCUACCAAGUCCCCUCCUUUCUCCUUCUGCCAACCUCACCACCUCUCACCUUCCACAUUUUGUGCCAUAUGCCUCACUCCUGGCAGAAGGAGCCACUCCUCCCCCCCAGGCUUCAUCUCCAGCCCACUCAUUUAACAAAGCCCCCUCUGCCACCUCCCCACCUGGGCAAUUGCCACAUCACUCGAGUACUCAGCCACUGGACCUUGCUCCAGGGCGGAUGCCCAUUUAUUAUCAGAUGUCCAGGCUGCCUGCUGGGUAUACCUUGCAUGAAACCCCUCCAGCAGGUUCCAGCCCAGUUCUUACCCCUCAGGAGGGCCAGUCUGCUCUGGAAGCAGCUCCUGCCAAUGGAGGACAGAGACAGCGAGAGCGAAAUUUAGUAAGACGGGAAAGUGAAGCUCUUGACUCUCCCAAUAGCAAGGGCGAAGGCCAGGAACUGGUGCCACUGGUAGAAUGUGUGGUGGAUGGACAGUUGUUUUCAGGUUCUCAGACUCCACGGGUGGAGGUGGCAGUACCAUCACAUCGAGGGACCCCAGACACCGACCUUGAGGUCCAGCGGGUGGUUGGUGCUUUAGCUUCUCAGGACUAUCGUAUGGUGGCAGCUCAGAGGAAGGAUGAACCCAGCCCCCUCAACCUGUCCCAUCAUGCCCUUGACCAUCAGGGUGAAGGACGAGGGUCAGCCAGAAAUCCUGCAGAGAAAAAUCAGGCCCAUGGGUUCUACUCUCAGUCCCAUCAGGAACCAGUGAAACAUAGACCUUUACCCAAAGCAAUGGUUGUAGCCAAUGGCAACCUGGUGCCCACUGGAAAUGACCCAGGCCUGCUUUCCGUGGGCUCAGAGAUCCUGGUAGCAUCAAGUCUGGACAUGCAGGCCAGAACCACCUUCCCAGACAAGGAGCCAACGCCACCCCCAGUUACCUCCUCCCACUUGCCCUCCCAUUUCAUGAAAGGCGCCAUCAUCCAGCUGGCCACGGGGGAACUGAAGCGGGUGGAGGACCUCCAGACCCAGGAUUUUGUGCGCAGUGCCGAAGUGAGCGGGGGGCUGAAGAUUGACUCUAGCACGGUCGUGGACAUUCAGGAGAGCCAGUGGCCUGGAUUUGUCAUGCUGCAUUUUGUGGUUGGUGAGCAGCAGAGCAAAGUGAGCAUCGAGGUGCCCCCCGAGCACCCGUUCUUUGUAUAUGGCCAGGGUUGGUCCUCCUGCAGCCCUGGGCGAACUGCACAACUCUUCUCUCUGCCCUGCCAUCGGCUACAGGUGGGAGAUGUCUGCAUCUCUAUCAGUUUACAGAGUUUGAACAGUAACUCAGUUUCUCAGGCCAGCUGCGCUCCCCCAGGCCAGCUGGGUCCCCCCCGAGAAAGGCCUGAGAGGACAGUCUUGGGACCCAGAGAGCUAUGUGACAGUGAGGGGAAGAGCCAGCCAACAGGAGAGGGCUCCCAGGUGGUAGAGCCUUCCCAGCCUGAGCCUGGUGCUCAGGCCUGCUGGACAGCCCCAAGCUUCCAAAGAUACAGCAUGCAAGGGGAGGAGGCACGGGCUGCGCUGCUCCGUCCCUCUUUUAUUCCACAGGAGGUGAAGUUGUCCAUUGAAGGGCGUUCCAAUGCCGGAAAAUGAACCUCUUUCCCAGACUAAGACUGGGGCUUUACCCCAGAGCUGAGCCUCACCGUAAACAGGCAGAGGAUUUGCACAUGCCAAGCAGGGAAUGGCUCUCUUGGCAGUGAGAUUUGAGGGGAAAGGAGAGGCAGGAAAUCAGCCUCCCGUAGCAGGAUCUGUUGCUCAUUACCCUAUGGCAUUCUUUCAGGACAGCCCAGAGGGUGCUGUGAUGGGAAGCAGCAGGCCUGGGGCAAGGAAGAAAGGGGGUGCACACAGGAUAAGAAACAUUCCAAAAUCAGGGCCUCCCUGUUCUUUCCUCCCCAUCCCUAGCUCCUGCAAGGGAAAGUCCAGGCUUUGGGAGCAGAUGGCAGAGGGAGGGAGUCAAGAAAGAGCCAAAAAUGAUGAUCCACAGCUUAUAGUAGCAGUUAAACUGUCAGAAGUUAUUUUUUCUUUCUUUUUUGUGGUGGAAGGGCUGGAGGCCCCAAGGUUGGAAAUAAGAGGGUUCCCACCCAGAACCCUUCUUGUGAGAGAUGUGCACUUUAAAGGGUGAUUUUGUUACAGAUGUCUAUGGCUGGGCUUGUCAGGGAGGAGCACUCUCAUCUACAGGACUCUGCUUGAUCCUCUGCUUCACAGCCCUUACCCAUCUCUCCUCACCAUUCCUCCUACAAAGCUUCUAGCAGCUUGGGGGCCAGGAGAGAGAGAGAGAAGCCCCUCCAGGGUUCAGAGUGAAGUACUGCCUUGCCAGGGACCCAGUUGACAGACUUUGGGAGAAAGACCUGAUAUCCAGGCAGACUGGGUUCUAGGCAGAGCUUCUGGAAAGGUACAUGACCUAACAAAGCUCCUCCCGCUCAGCAUGCCAGACCCACUUUGUAAUUUCACAAAUGCUCUAGUUGGUAGUGGUGACUUUUGAAAGAACCAGUGGACCCUUUUCCCCAGGCACCUACACCCCGCCUUUGUCUGUCUAUGUUGUGCCUAAGUGCCUGCGCUGCCCCCACCCUUCUGCUGCCCUAACUUCUCUGCAUGGUGUUUUGACCUGGGCCUCACUUGUAGCUGCGUUGCCUUUCUUUGUCUGCAAAAUUGGUUUGUCCAUGCUGACCAAGACCUCUAGUUUUUGGUGUAUAGGGGUCUCUCUGAUUUCUCCCCGUAGCUAUAAUCUCUAUUUUCAGAAAACUCCAACUCAUAUCCACUCCUCUUCCACUGCCAAACAACUUGGUGGAGAAACAAGAAGGGAACUUUGCUCUGGGUCAGGGCAAAUGCACCUGGCUGGGCAAUGCCCAUCCUGGCAUUUUUACACAGCCCCUCCCAUUUUUUUUCCAUUGCUUCCCCAGCAUUCCAGCAUCUCCAAGCCAUCCCCUCCCACUGCUGGCUCUAAGAUUCUAGGCUAGCCUUGAUAACAUUUUAGUACCUGAAGUAUAUUUCAUUAUGUGGUGGUAUAUUCCUCUGCAAAGAAUAUUUUCGAUCUUAGUUACAUUUGCCCCCAUAUGUCUUAAGCCCACAUUUUUUUCACAAUGUUUAGCAUCAGCUCAGACUGUGGGGUUCCACUGGGUACUGGGAAUUGGGCUCCCUACCUACUUUCAGCUGGGUGAAUGGUCUUUUUUGUUUGUUUGAUUUUUGGGGGUCUUUAGACUCUUGAAGGCAACUCAGGGUAUUGUCCACCCAGCUCUCUGGUUAGGUUUCUCCCAGGGUAUGAUCAUGGCAUUUCCUUUAUAAUAUGUACUUAGACUGGCACAUGCCUGGCCUGUCAUCAGGAGUCCAAACCUCUGAGGUCUGAUCUCUGCUCUGUCAAAGACUUUAGACAAGUCUUGUGACCUCUCGCUCUUUCACUUCCUCCCCAGCUGCCAAAUGGGGAUAAAUAAUCUUACCUACCUCCUGGGGGGAGGGGAAGUUCUGAGAAUGGUGUCAUUCUUAGUGUUCAGGUGCUAAAGGUUGUUCUCUUGGGGGAACAGAGUGACUGAAACUGGCUUGUUUGCUACAAGCCCUACACUCCACUGUUUCAUUCCUUGAAAGCAGUUACCCGGCCAGUCAGCUUUUGGGGUCCAUUUAAAGGAACCCGCUGACCUGACCACAAGUACUUCAGUCUCCGGUUCAUGUCAAAACCAGACACCAACCUUGGACUGCAUUUGGUAUCAUGUCCUUUCCCUUCUCUGUCCCCCAUUCUCUCUGAAUGCUGCUUUCUCUGGCUUGUUUCCUACAGUGGGGGCCUGUGGGAUUGAGUCUUGAGGAAUCCCCUCAGAUGAGAGCCUUGGGAGAAGGCCUUGUCUCUGGCUGUUUCAUGAGCAACUCAUUCCUAGAGAUUGUUUGCAUGGGUUCCUCACAAGCAUCCUUCCUCAUAGGAAGGCUCAUCAAAUGAAUAUAAUGACAUGCACACAAUAGAUGCUCAAGAAAUGUCCACCAAGGACAACAACUGAGCUUCCGCCUUAUGGGAGCAGACCUGUGUCUAACUAGAUACAGACCAAGUAAUUUAAAUCGAAUCAUCCUUCACUGGACUACUUGUGACUUUCUAACCUGGUAACUUCCACUGAAUCCUGGAGAGGAAUUUCUGGGGACCUUGGCAAGUUGGGCCCUGACCUUUCUGCUGCUGUUCUUCUGCCUCUUGCUGGUGAAGCAAUGCUAGCAGCGCCUAUAAUACCAUAAUAUCGUGCCAUGCAUAUGUAACUUAUUAAUACUUGAUUUUGCUGAGCUGCAAAGGUCUCUCCUAAAGUAUGGUCACCGAGGAAAAGAAGCUCUUUGCUCUAAAUCUUGGUCAGAGCUCUGGCAUUCUCCCUUGCCUUUUCCCUCUGGUUUAAUCUUUUCUUCCAGGCAUGAAAAAUAAGAGUAACCUGUGGUGUGCCCCUUCUUCCUUAUAGG